AUUCCGACAAGCACCGUCGACGUUUUAAACAGACUUACAUUGUCGUUUAUGCAUUUCUCUUUAUGUCCUUCUCAUUCGAAGUAACUGGAUUUUCUCUUUGACAUGACAACAAUCGUAUAACCUCUCUUAUUACGGUAAAUAAAUUCACAGUGGAACUGAAUAGAUCAACUAUUUGUUUGUUAGGGGAUACAUUUGCCCUGAACACUUCCCAGCCAACAAGCAGGCUGACGCAAGUGGAAUGAGUUGAUUUUACCGGUGUCAUAGAAUCUGAAAGGUUCUGACCAAGGUGAAGAUGACAGACUGUCUGGGAGACGGGGCUGGGGAUAUGACCCCAAUGGACCUAUAUGAGAAACUAACAUCACAAGGAGACACAGUCCGAACUCUGAAAACAGAAAAGGCUGCAAAAGCUGAUAUUGAUGCUGCUGUACAGUUGCUGCUGAAGCUAAAAGUGGACUACAAGCAGGUAACAGGUCAGGACUACAAGACUGGAUGUCCACCCUCAGAAUGCUCUGUUUCACAAGACAACGGGCCAGCUGCAGAUGGGGAGGACAUGGUCGACCCCUGGAACGUCUCCACCACCAACGCUAAAGGAGUAGACUACGACAAGCUGAUAGUGAGGUUUGGCAGUAGCAAGAUUGACCAAGAGCUGGUGGACAGAAUAGAGAGAGUCUCGGGACAGAAYGCACACCGMUUUUUACGCCGAGGAAUCUUCUUCUCUCACAGAGAUAUGCACCAGGUUCUGGACGCGUAUGAGAAGAACAAGUCUUUCUACCUCUACACGGGCAGAGGACCCUCCUCAGAGGCCUUGCACAUGGGCCACCUCAUCCCUUUCAUCUUCACAAAGUGAGUCUGUCAGUAUAAGUAGCCAGGG